UUAAAUUAUACGUAAUAUGAUGCCACGAAAUAAUUUGGAAGCCCCUACUUGUAAAAUGGCAGAGCCAUUGAAUUUUGAGAAGAAGGAAAGCAAGCUCCCACCCCAGGAUCCUCUAAGAAGUCCUGUAGCUCAGCAUAACCAUCCCAACUUCAGGCUGAAAAGCCCAGAGAACGGAAAUAAAAAGAACAAUUUUUUGCUUUGUGAACAAAACAAACAGUAUUUAGCUAGUCAGGAAGACAAUUCAGUGGUCUCUUCAAACCCUGCUGUUGUCAAUGGAGAAGUAGGUGGGUCCAAAGGAGACAGGACGAUGUUACCAACAGGAAUCCCAGUGUCACCAUUAAGUCUUGGAAACAAUUCACCUCCUAGCCAAGUAAAAACUAAGCCCAGCAAUAAUGUGACUCCUGAAAAAUCAAAAAAAUCUCACAAGUUGUUUGAGAAUGCCUUGUCCGUAAAUAAUCCAGCACUCUUCAACUCUUUAGGACCACCCCUUCGGUCAACAACCUGUCACCGCUGUGGCCUGUUUGGGUCACUGAGGUGCUCCCAGUGCAAGCAGACAUACUACUGCUCCACGGCGUGCCAGAGGAGAGACUGGUCUUCCCACAGCACCAUCUGUAGACCUGUACAGCAAAGUUUGAACAAGGUUGAAGAUAAUAAAUCACCAUUUGAAACAAAGGCCAUUGAAGUGAAGAAUGAGAUUGAUUGUCCCCCGGGAGUUACAAAAGAAAUGACAGCUGGUGCUGAGAGAGCAAUGUUCUCUGAUUUGAGAAGACUCCAACUCAAGAAAACCAUGGAAAUAAAGGGUACAGUUACUGAAUUCAAGCACCCAAGUAACUUUUAUGUCCAGUUGUAUUCUUCGGAGGUUCUAGAAAACAUGAACCAACUCUCUACAAGCUUGAAAGAGACAUAUGCAAAUGUGGUGCCUGAAGAUGGUUAUCUUCCUGUUAAGGGGGAAGUUUGUGUUGCCAAAUACACAGUUGAUCAGACCUGGAACAGAGCCAUAAUACAAGAUGUGGAUGUGCUGCAGAAGAAGGCCCGCGUCUUGUACAUUGACUAUGGGAAUGAAGAGAUGGUUCCGAUAGACAGAGUGCGCCCGCUGGGCAGAGGCGUUGACUUGUUCCCUCCUUCCGCCAUAAAGUGCUGUGUGUCAGACGUCAUUCCUGCUGCAGACGAGUGGAGUGAAGACUGUGUUGCAGCUGUCAAGGCCCUUCUGUUUGAGCAGUUCUGCUCCAUCAAGGUCAUGGACAUCUUAGAGGGGGAGGUGCUCACCUGUGCUGUUGACAUUGUUCUACAGAGUUCAGGAAUGCAGCUGGCCCAUGUGCUUGUGGAAAUGGGGUAUGGCGUGAAACUGGGUGAGCAGAGCUCCACGGCGCAGAGUGUGGACCGCAGUGCAUUGGAGGACGUUGGAAGAGUGACAGCUGAGAACAAGAUUGUGACAGACAGAAAUGCCCUGAUCCCCAAAGUGCUGACUUUGAAUGUGGGUGAUGAGUUCUGUGGCGUGGUUGCCCACAUCCAGACACCAGAGGACUUUUUUUGUCAGCAGCUGCAGAGCGGCCACAAGCUUGCGGAGCUUCAGGAAUCCCUCAGUGAAUACUGUGGCCAUGUGACUCCACGCUCUGACUUCUAUCCAACCAUUGGGGACGUGUGCUGUGCUCAGUUCUCAGAGGAUGAUCAGUGGUACCGCGCCUCGGUUCUGGCCUACGCUUCUGAAGAAUCUGUCCUGGUUGGAUAUGUCGAUUAUGGAAAUUUUGAGAUUCUUAGUUUGAAAAGACUUUGUCCCAUAAUUCCAAAGUUGUUGGAUUUGCCGAUGCAAGCUCUAAAUUGUGUGCUGGCAGGUGUGAAGCCUUCAUUAGGGAUUUGGACUCCAGAAGCUGUUUGUGUCAUGAAAGAGACUGUACAGAACAGGAUGGUCACAGUGAGAGUGGUGGGCAUGCUGGGGACCAGGGCCCUGGUGGAGCUCCUCGACAAGUCAGCGGCCCUUCACAUCAGUGCUUCUAAAGCUCUCAUAGACUCGGGCUUUGCCAUCGAGGAAAAGGACAUAAUGGCAGAUAAAGACAGCAGUAUACACAUGGCCAGUGUUCCCUUGACCAUAGAAGGACCAGCAGAGGCAUUGGAGUGGACGUGGGUGGAGUUCACUGUUGACGAGACAGUGGAUGUGGUGGUCUGCAUGAUGUACAGUCCUGGGGAGUUCUAUUGCCACUUUCUUAAAGACGACGCCUUAAAGAAGCUUGAUGACUUGAAUAAGUCCUUAGCAGACUAUUGUGCGCAAAAGCUGCCCAAUGGCUUUAAGGCAGAGAUAGGGCGGCCUUGCUGUGCCUUUUUUUCAGGUGACGGCAACUGGUACCGGGCUCUAGUCAAGGAGAUCUUACCAAGUGGGAAUGUUAAAGUACACUUUGUGGAUUACGGGAAUGUUGAAGAAGUUACCACAGACCAACUCCAGGCGAUAUUACCACAGUUCUUACUACUUCCAUUUCAGGGGAUGCAGUGCUGGCUAGUAGAUAUACAGCCCCAAAACAAGCAUUGGACAAAAGAGGCCACAGCAAGAUUUCAAGCAUGUGUUGUGGGGCUCAAACUCCAAGCCAGAGUUGUGGAAAUCACCGAGAACGGGGUGGGCGUUGAGCUCACCGAUCUUUCUACUCCCUAUCCUAAAAUCAUUAGUGAUGUUCUCAUCACAGAACAUUUGGUCUUAAGAUGUGGUUCACCACAGGACUCACUGAUGAGCAGACCUGCUAAUCAACAUAACCAAGUCGACAGCCACAGGGUGCAAAGUGAUGCCUUUAAACCGUCUGCAGUUCAAGUUCAUGUUAGGGACAGCCACAAUGUGCAAAGUGAUGCCUUUAAACCAUCUGCAGUUCAAGUUCAUGUUAGCGACAGCCACGGUGUGCAAAGUGAUGCCUUUAAACCGUCUGCAGUUCAAGUUCAUGUUAGCGACAGCCACAGUGUGCAAGCCAGCCCUUCCGCAGAGCAGUGGAAGACAAUAGAAUUGCCAGUUAACAAGACUAUCCCAGCAAAUGUACUAGAGAUCAUAAGCCCAGCCUUGUUCUAUGCCAUCCCCAGUGAAAUGCCAGAAAAUCAAGAAAAGCUGUGUGUGUUAACGGCCAAAUUGUUAGAACACUGUAAUGCUCAGAAAGGCCAGCCAGCCUACAGACCACGGACAGGAGAUGCGUGCUGCGCCAAGUACACAAGUGAUGACUUCUGGUACCGGGCCAUUGUUCUGGAAACGUCAGACUCUGAUGUGAAAGUUCUCUACGCAGAUUAUGGAAACAUCGAAACACUGCCUCUUUCCAGAGUGCAGCCCAUCACAGCCAGCCACCUGGAGCUGCCCUUCCAGAUCAUUAGAUGCUCCCUAGAGGGGCUGAUGGAGCUGAACGGAAACUGUUCGCAGUUAGUGAUGGAGCUGCUAAGAAAUGCCAUGCUGAACCAGAGUGUGGUUCUCUCUGUGAAAGCGAUUUCAAAGAAUGUCCACGCAGUGUCAGUUGAAAAAUGUUCUGAGAACGGAAUGAUCAAUAUAGCUGAGAAUCUGGUGAUGUGUGGUCUGGCAGAAAACCUCACAUCCAAAAGGAAAAGUGCUUCCACUAAAGAGACACCACACAGCACAGAUUGCUGCUGCGCAGAGGUACAGAAACAGAUUGCGAAACAUGAACAGAUUCUCCUCUUCCUCUUAAACAAUCCAACCAACCAAAAUAAAUUUAUAGAGAUGAAAAAGCUGCUGAAAAGCUAAAAAUAUCAUCUCUUGGAAAUAAACACUGGGAAGAAGAAGACAAGAAACGCCAGACUUGAGAAAGAAUUGUGUCUGUGUUUUGUUCACUAUAAUUGUUGCUUCCUCUUCUUUCCUUAGUGACUUUUGACCUCUCCGCCUGUGCUUGCUUACUUUGUUCUGUUGGGUUUGUUGCCCU